CGAUAAGGAUCGCUCGCCUCGAACGGACCGGUUCGAUUCGAGAGGGUCCUCGCAAAACCCUAGCGCUAUCGAGUCCCUUCUCUCGACAGGGUACAUGGGGGUGCUAUCCUGGUGGAAGGGGAAGGGUACGUCUCCGUCGUCGGUGACGAAGGGCGACACUGGCAAGAAGCCAGAGGUUGCAUCCGAGGAGGUACCGGGAAUGAACGGGGCGGUGGAGGUGCGGCGACCGGGAGACGUGACGGUGUUCGAGUUCGGCUCGGUGGCGGCGUCCGGCGACAGGAUGACUCUCGCUGGCUACUGCCCCGUCUCCGACGAGCUCGAGCCGUGCCGGUGGGAGAUCAUCCCCGCUGUUGGGACGGACGCCCCUCAGUUCCGCAUCGUCUUCUAGCUGAGCGAUACUUCCAAGAAGCAAUCUUCUCGAGUAUUUAUGGCUUUGCUAGUGUAAGAAAGCUUCGAACUUUCAAUGAUACAGCCCUUUGCCAUACCAGUAAGAUGUUCUGAUUCUCUUGGGCAGUUGGACAUUGUAAAUUUGUGGUUCUCUGCGCUUUAAUUUUUCGUUUGGCUAUGUUGGUACA